AUGCGUUCUUUCUUGUACUUUCCAUGGGGUUUCACCUGUGGCUUCACAGAAGAAAAUGUUUCGUUUAUUUACUCAGCCUUUAAACAUAUUCGGGUGUUGGAACUUAAGUCAGUUCUAGCGCCAUUCUUGCCAACCGAAAUAGGGCAGUUAGUUCAGUUGAGAUACUUAUCGUUACGCAUUUCUGAACCUGUUAUCCCUGAAUCAGUAUCAACCCUAUGGAAUCUACAAACCCUUGUAGUUUACGGGUUCAUGUGUCCGAUGGGGAUUGAUUUUCAUGUUUCUAAAGAUAAUAGUAUGACCAAUUUGAGGCAUAUAUACAUCUGGCCAUCUUUGAGAUUACAGUACCCUUUGGCAUCAUCGAAAGUUCAAACCAUUUCAAAUCUCCGUCUUCCUUUUGGGAGACAGCCUGUGUUGGAAAUGACCCCAAACCUUAAAAUGUUAGCUUGUGUUGUGUUACAACUGUCUGACGGUUUGGUUCUCCUCCCUCCUUUAGACACUUUGGUUCAUCUUGAAAAAUUAAAAAUAUAUAUUGACAAUGAUCUUAGUCUCCCAGAGCAGGCAAGGUUCACUUGUUUGAAUCGGUUACCUCAUACCCUAAAAAAAGUGACUUUUUCGAACUGUUGUCUGCCAUGGAAGGAUUUAUCAGAACUUGGGAGAUUACCAAAUCUUGAAAUUUUGAAAAUACUGCGUGGUAUUUUUCAAGGACCAAGAUGGGAUCCAAAUGAUGGAGAGUUUAAAAAACUCAAGGUUUUGAAAAUUCAGUCUCCGGAGCUUGCAGAAUGGAAUAUGUCGAGUGAUCACUUUCCCGCCCUGGAAAGGUUAGUUAUGGACAGUUGUAGGCGGCUUAAGGAGAUCCCGAUGUGCUUAGGUGAGAUCCCAACCAUGGGAUUGAUUGAGCUGAGGUGGCCUAGAAGCUCAGCAGCUGAGUCAGCUAGACAGAUUAUUGAAGAGCAGCAGUGUCCUGGAAAUGAUUGGCUGAAGCUUGUCAUCUAUGAUCGUGAUCGUAGGAAAGGUCCUACCUGGGCUUUCAAGGAGAAGCUGUGUCCUGAUCUUGGAGUUGAGUUUGUGCACAUUGAUAGCUCAGACUCAGAGGAUUCAGAGUCAACAGAUGAUAGGAUACAAGUGUCAAAAUCAGGUAUGGUCACUGUUGCUGUCGUGAAACUGACAUGA